AUGGCCUCUCCCGGGGCAGCGACAGCGGUCACUUUUGGCCGCGGAAACAGGACCAACGACGAAGAGAAGGAUUACCCUUUUAUUUUGCCGCAACUGCCUAAAGGACGAGUGGCUACUAACACCGUGUUUUUACACGGGGAUGUACGUGCGAGACCAUACAGGGUCGAGGACUUCAGAGACGCCCUACUGCAGACGGGCUUGCUGCCUGGCGUGGUAUGCAUAGGGGCGUACCAGAUCAAUCACGUGUGGGUGGUGACCCUUAAGGAUGCGACCACCACGAAACGGCUGGUGGCCCUGAAGGAACUUCAAGUGAAAGGACGACGCAACGUGGAUGAGGUAAGCCAGGAGAGGUGGCGUGUCCAAGGUAUGGGGGACAAGACCUCUACCACGCGGACCGUGCUCCUCAAGCUGAAGACCGGCGUCCAGCUGACGACGGAGCCCCGCACAAUCGAAAGUGGCAAAUGCACGUGCCGCUACGGCAGCCUGGACUACAAGAGCCCCUUUGUAGGAAACAAACAGCCUGCAGAGCUGUCCCCAUUUUAUGCAUUGAAGCACUUCCCGGGCAUUGUAUCGCCAUUUACGGAAGCACUGCAAGAGAUGGCGAGGAGUGAGGCAGAUUUAAUCAGCAUUGAAGCAGAACAAGAAGCCAGGCGGGUUUCACAGCUCGAAAAAAUUAUCCAGCUGCUUCCAGCACCUUGCAACGCCUUGCAUGUGCUGCAGAUAUCAGGCACCUACCCGAAGCUAAGUGUAGCAGCAAAGGAUUACGUACAACUCAUGACGCAAGAGCAGAAGGAGUUUUAUCAGACAAAUAUUGUCUGUGAGUCACUGUCAGACCUAUGUGUGGCCACCAUGGGCCAGUCAAGCUGUCUAAGGUGGCACAAAGAAAAGAAGUUUCGCAUAAGCAGUACCACUAGCCACACAAUACUCCAUGCCCGACGGAGCCCUGAGGAGGUUGCCAGGGCCAUCCUGAACUCAAGGCCAUUUUCUACAGAGGCCACGGCUUAUGGACUCCGUACAGAACCCCUGGCUCGGAUGGAGUUUGAGCGUCAACUAGGUGUUGAAGUUGUGGAGAUGGGUUUGCUCAUACACCCGGAUCAGCCUUGGCUGUGUGGCAGCCCUGAUGGCAUGUUCUACCUGUCUGGGGAAACAUGCCUUUUGGAAAUCAAGUGUCCCCACAAGUGUAAAGAAGCAGACAUGUUCGACAGCUCGGGAGAGAGCAUCCUAGACUACAUCCAGGGAACAGGCAGCAACCGAAGACUGAAGACGACGCACAGAUAUUUCACUCAAGUACAGAUAUUACUGUACUUGUUGAAUGUACAAAAGUGUUAUUUUUUUGUAUAUUCUAGCAGGCAAAAUGUCAUUAUUGAAGUCAGCAGGGAUGAUGCCUUUCUUUACGAGAGCAUCCCAGCCCUUGAAAGAUUUUAUUUUACUUACCUUCUGCCUGCUGCAGCUGCAGCAAAAUAA